AUGGAGUUUGUUGAUGGAGUUUGCACAGACACUGGUGCUGUUGCAGCAUCAUUUUGUGAUGAUGAAGGUUUGUCAGGGGGGAGUGGUGGGUCCAAUGAGUGUGUCAUGAAUCUCUCCCCUAGAGGGAUAAAAUAUUGGAUUCCGAGUUGUGACGAAGCUAGGCAGCCCUUUGUUGGUCAACGGUUUAGCAAGUUGGAUGAUGGCAUUGACUUCUAUGUCCAGUAUGCUUGUAUGGUUGGGUUUGAUGUUCGUCGUAGCACUGAAACAAAGGAUAGGAUGGAGUUGUCUAAGCCAUUCAUGAGGGUUAAUCGUAAGUUGUCUGUGGGCCAUCAAAGCUUUGUUGCUAAUUGUGCAAGAGCGAAUAUAGGUCCGAUCAAAUCCUUCAAGCUUUAUAAGCAAAUGGUGGGGGAUUUUGUUGAUGUUGGAGCCACUGGUGUAGACUUCCAGAAUUUUAAGCGGGAUUUAAUGGCGUAUAUUAGCGGGGGGGAUACACAAUUGAUUGUUGAAAAGUUCCUUCAAAAGAAGGAGUUGGUAAUAGUGGCCCUUGUUGGGCCGUUACUGUCAAUUCUGUCCCGGUUAAACAGUGCUCUGUAUAAUCUUGUGUUUGUUCCAUUUACUGGCAUGGAUAAUCACAAGAAAUCAGUGACGUUUGCAGCGGGGUUGAUUGCAAAGGAGGAUGUUGACUCAUAUGUUUGGUUGCUUGAUAAUUUCAAGCGAGCUAUGGGCCACGAGCCGACAUACGUUGUCACCGAUCAAGACUCAUCUUUACGUGUAGCUGCGCCAAGUGUUUUCAAAUCUGCACGGCAUCGAUUUUGUAUGUGGCAUAUUAUGACGAAGGUUGGUGACAAGGUUCGGGCGGUGCUUGCCAAUGAUCAGCCUUUCCGUAGGGAUCUUAAUGCUAUUGUGUGGGAUGAGUGUAUAACGAUUGAGCAGUUUGAGUCUAAAUGGAUUCAGCUUAUGGAGGUGCAUGGCCUUGGUGAGCAUAGGUGGCUUCAGUUGAUGUUUGAGUUGCGUGCAUUUUGGAUUCCUGCCUUCUUUCGGGACUUACCUAUGAGUGGGUUGGUGCGGACUACAUCUCGGUCCGAAUCCCAGAAUAGUUCAUUUGGGGGCUGUACUAAUUGCCAUGCAAGCUUAGUGGAGUUUUUUAUUCACUUCGAAGGUGCGAUUGAUACUCAAAGGCAUAAGCAGGCUAAGCUCGAUGCUGCAUGUGAGGGGUAUUUGCCUGUGGUUAAGACGCCUUUGCCUAUUGAGCGUUAUGCUGCUUCUGUUUAUACCAUUACUAUUUUCUAUGACGUGCAGGCAGAGAUUGUUGCUGGUUGCUUUGAGUGCCGUGUUUUGUCAGUUUCGAUGGAUGGUGAUGUAAAACGCGUUGAAGUAGAGGGGGCAAAUGGUGUUGUGUGUGUUGUUGUCUUUCAUAUGUCUGAAACUACUGCUUCUUGUUCAUGUCGGAUGUUUGAGCGUGUUGGGUUGCUUUGUAGGCAUAUUUUCCUUGUUUUCAAGGAUGCUCGUGUGGACUCCAUUCCGGACUGCUACAUUGUCUCUCGCUGGACACGUGAUGCGUACAAACGACCUAUUUAUGAUAUAGAUGGUGUGCACGAUGGGUCUGCUUUUCGUGGGAACUCCAAAAAGGGCGCCAUGAAGGAGGUUUGGAAUGACUUUUAUAGUUGCAUUGCACUUGCUGGAGAUAAUUCGGAUCGUGUAUUGGAGUUGUCUCGUAUUUUGAGGGAGUUGAAACUGUCAUUUGUGGAUGCGGACAGUACUUUGGGUUCAUCGGUGGGUAAGUCUAGGGUUAUUCGUUCCUUUGGUGGUGUGCUUGCGUCUUCAGAGAUUGUUAUCCAACCUCCUACUGUUGCUAAGAAUAAGGGAUCUGGGAAGCGGUACAAAACUUCAAAAGAGCUUGCUAUGGAGAAAGCUGCGCAGUUCACUCGCGAGUGCGCCACAUGCCAUAAAUGCAAUGGCCAUGACAGCCGUAACUGCCCAUUAAAUCCUAAAUCUAAGUCAAAUGUCCAAGCAAAGUUGAAGGCGAAGGCAAAGUUCAAGGCCAAGGCGUAUUUUACAUUGUUUACAUGUUAUUGUUGGGAGUUAUUUUACUAG